AUGGCCGACGAGAGCGCCCAUGCCUUGCAGUGUGCUCUGCAGAUCUUCCACAAGGCCUCCACAUCUCUGAGAAAUCUCCGGCAAGUGUCUACCGCGGUCAGCAGCGGGAUUGCGUUCUGCGGCUUCACUGGCCAUCCUGAGAGGUUUGAACACACAGCCCUUGGCUUUAAGGUGAAUUUGUCUGCCCGCAUGAUGGUAACCUACCCGAGGAUGGUGUGCUGUGAUGCAGAGACCUACGUGGCCUCUGGCCUGCCAAGUGACUGCUUCAAGGAGUUACCAAGGAGACCCAUGAAAGGUGUCAGAAGUCACAUCAUUGUCUAUCAAUACAUGGGGAUCACCAAGGAGCAGCAAUAUUACAUGAGCCUUGCCAAGGAGAGGUCACACUAUGGUCCCUUGCUGGGUCGGGAGGCAGAGAUUGACCUCUUUGAAUACCACUUGGCGGCCUACAAGCGUUUGGGAGAACCACACGUCCUGGCAUUUGUGGGCAUUCCAGGCUCUGGAAAGAGCCACUUACUCGCUGAGCUGGCUGCUUUAGGCCAGGCCGCUGGGCACAGGGUCAUCACUGUGGCACUGGUAGAGGAGAAUGUGAAGCAGCCCUUCUCUGCCAUCUGUCUGCUGGUGGCCAGGGUGCUGGGUCUCCAGGCCAAUGAGACCUGCAGUGACAGGCAGCGCAAACUGCAGAUCCUGUUCCAUGGCGCCAUACGGGAGAGCAGCUACUGCCUGCUCAACAUGUUUUCCUUGUUGAGACCUGCUGCAAUGUUCCUCUCUGUCUUUCCUGGACAGUUUCCCGUCACAGACAGGGUCCGCAAUCUGUGUUGCACUGAACUGACCAGUACAUUCUACUGGAACUGUACGCGAGUGCUAAAGAAGGUGCUUGGAGAAUCUGGCCUAUUUUUCAUCGACAAUGCCCACUUCAUCGACCCUCAGUCCUGGUGUAUCAUGGAGCCCCUGCUCCAAAGCAUCGCGGUCCUUAUGGUCAUGAGCUUAGCUCCGGGCCAUGACAGGACAGAGGGCAUUUUCAGAGAUGCCGCAGAAAGCAAGACAUCUCGGGGAAUCACCUGUCAUCAUCUGGAUGGGCUGAAAGCUUCAGAUGUGGUGCAGAAAGCCUGCCAGGAGCUUGGAGUGUGCAGCAUCCCCAGGGAGCUAGCAAGGUUCCUGAUCCAGAGAUGUUCUGGCAUCCCAUAUUACUGUGAGGAAAUGCUGCGCUACCUGCAUUGCAACAACAUGCUCUUGUUGCACACCGGGAUGCCGGAGAAAGGAAAAGACAACUGGCAGAGUCUGAUGGUCACGGCAUCUCCCAGUGUCACAGCUGCCAGGAGCGACAGCAUAAGGAUCUGUGCCAUCAGCCCAGAUGUGAGCCUCGAGACCCCCAUGCUGCCGGUGGCAUUGAAAGAGAUCGUGCUAUCUGAGCUGGACCGGACUACAGUACUACAGAAGCAGAUGGUACUGAAGCUUGCAGCCAUCAUAGGGCCGGUGUUUACCACCCACCAGCUGGUUCACAUACUUCCCAGCCACGUAAAGCACAUCAUGAAUUUAUUGCUGGACGCGCUGGUGAAGGACAACAUGCUGAAAUGGCUGAAGAACACCGAGAAGCCAGAAGAAAUGCAAGGUGCUACAGGGGGGCUGGCCACCUCUGGGCAGGCAGGAAGAGGAUUGGAGAAGAGGCCUUCUGUGAGCACGGAGGCCACGCAGCAGCGGUCUGAUGUCCUGGCCUUCUGCACCCCACUACUGUGGGAGACAACGUACGGGCUGUGGCCCACAAAGCAGAGGGUCAUCCGUCAACGCAUGUGUGCUGCCUUCCUAAAGAGGUAUGCGCACAAAUGCCAGAGGUGCCACGGGGGGGACUUUGUGGCCUUCCACCGCUUCGGCAUCUUCAGCCCCUGGGAGAGGCAGAGCUGCCAGAACUCUGCUGGCAAAGACAACCAGCGCAUCUGGGAGGCCUUGCUGCUUGCUGGACAACACCUGCGGAGGGCCAGAACCUACCCUGCAGAGGGGAAUCUAGCAGAGGGUGAGCAGACAACUCUGCAGGCCAAGGAUGGUGGCGAGUGCUCCUGCCAGUGUGAAGCCAUCGCCGAAGCAGUGCUUGUGCCCCUGGCUCGCUACUACACAGGAAUAGGCAGCACUUCCCAAGCCUUCUAUUACCUGCUGGAGUCUGCAGCUGCCUACCUACACGUCUCCAACAGCUACAUGGCCCUUGCGAAGCUUCAUGAUGCAGAGAUUCUGAGGAGCUCCAUAAAGAAAGAAGGAAAUGACAUAGACAGGUUUGAGGAGGCCGUCUUCCUCAGCCUCCAAGGAGAGGUCUGCAGGAACUUGCAACAUACGAAGCUGGCCAAGACAAUGUGCAGGCAGGCACUGAGCCUGUUGAAAAAGAAUUUCCCCCAAACUACUGUCGGGGCCUGUGUCAGGUCUUUGUGGGAACGGUUGCAUAGUGCUUUUCAGGCCAGAAGCAGAAUGUCGUCCCGUCCCCGGGCAGUUCGGAGGAAGAAGCAAGCCUGGCUGCUUUGGCAGAGCAGAUGCCUGUCCUUGCUCAAGGACCUCUACAGCCAGAAUAGCACACGUAGGGGGCAGAGGUUCUCCCGACUAGCAGCACUCAUGAAGGCCAACGUAGACAGCAAGAUGAACCUCUACUAGGCAGCAGACUCCCAUGUUGGACAACGCUUCAAUUAAGGAAAAUAGGUCAGAUUGUUUGGAGACAACCAACGCUGUGUAUUCCAGCUGACCAGACCUGAAGGAGGAACACUAGAGGAUUCUGAGGAUUGAUGCUAUACUGAAAUAGUGGAAAAUGCCACAACGGAUGCAUUACGAGCAAUUGAAGAGGAGGUAUCCUCUUUAUCCAAGAUGGUGAUUCAAAACAGGAUGGCACUGGAUAUAUUAACAGCCAAAGAAGGAGGGGUAUGCACAAUAAUAAAUCAGAGCUGCUGUGUGUACCUAAACAAAGACCUAAGAAUUGAAACCGACUUGAGGAAAAUUUGGGAACAAACAAAGGUGUUGCACAAGGCAAGUCAGGAUAACAUAGGCUGGGAAGGAGAUUUAUGGGAUGCACUCACUAGCUGGCUACCAAAUCUAGGAUGGAUAAAGCAGCUUUUCUUGGACAACCCCUCCCACGUUGGACAACCCUUGAAUUAAGGAAAAUAGGUCAGGUUAAAAGCUAUGUGCUUUCAUGGGGUGCUGAAUCGGCAGCUGCAGAUCUGAUCUUGCUAAGCCAGCUUUUGUCUGCCAAUAACAGACGCUUUUCUACAGACUCAGUGCAGACAGUGGGUCUCCCGUUUCUCCAAGUAACAUCACUAUAUUCCUAUGUCUGGAAUGCUGAUGGCAGGCUAGGACACUAAACUUCAAAUUAACGAAGGAAGAAAUUGGUGGAAGUAGUCAUAACCGACGAGACGUCUGGCCAAAGCCAGCCAAGGGUCCUCCAACCUGACCCAGGUCAAAGAGCACACAGUAAGGAAGACCUUCCCAAGACAGACCACCAAACAACCAUCGAGAGAUAUGAUACAUCUGCAUAAUCCCCCAAUGACAACCCUCUUUUACCUUCUCUAUCUAAAUAAACCCUUUACUUCCCCUUCCCUA